AUGACGUCUCCCUGUGGCAAGUGCAACAACUGCCCCUGCGGCACCAGUGGCGGAGCCCCGCCCCAGCAGCCGCCCCAACGCCCGCCCCCGCAACAACAACAGCAGCAGCAGCCGGACAGCUGUCCGUAUCCGCAGGCCCAGGGACAGGGGGCAGGAGGCGGGGGCUGCCAGGUGAACUCGUACCAGCCGCCGGGUGACCCCGCGGCAUGCAGCGCCUACCAGAACCGGGGAGGCCCAACCGUGGAGUGCACCUGUGGCCAGAACCGGAACCGCGGCCCUCCCCCCGCAGGUCCAGGCCAGGUCGACCACAUUACCUGCAGCCGAGGUCCCCGGGAGCAACCACCCGCCAUGGAGACGCGCUGCACCUGUCGCGAGAAGCCGGCCAAGACGGAGUGCUACUGUGCGCCGCCCGUGGCCCCGCCCCCCAAUCAGCAGCAGCAGGCGAUGGCCCAACCCACCCACGCCCACGUGACCUGCGGGCAGAGCGUGCCCAGGGGUCCGCAGCCGUAUCGGAGCCACCAAACGGGUAACCAGACCAGCUGCGGUCACUGUCGGGCGCAGAAGAAGCAGAAGAAGUGCAUCAUCCAGUGAG